UAAACAGCAUGGUAGAUUUGUGGAACCUCUUCUAUAGAAGAGGUUAGAACUGGCAGGAAUCCACCCCUGGUAUAUACUGUAUGCUUCAGAUUACAGUAUAUGUUGUGGAUGCUGUUUUUUUAGUUUUAAAAUACUAUGAUUUGCCUUAAUUUACACAAUUUCCUAUUUGAAUUAUUGCAAUCUAGAUACAUCAUAUGCUUUAUAGCUUUCCUUUCAAGAAGUUCAAGAGUUCAUAUAUUUAUUUUAAAAAGUACCAGCCCAAAGAAGUUUAAAAGAGAGUUCUGCAGUGGUGCGAUUAAAGUACAAGAACUGUGCAGAAGUGGAGAAGUGUAGGCGAAAAUGUAUGUUGCCGAAUCUUUUUAAAUAAAUCAUGGCCUUCGUCUUAACUUUCUCAGGACUUUUAGCCAUUGUUCUGUAUUGCCCAAUAUUCUUCUCACAUUUAUAAUCAAGAGAAAUUUGAGAGUUUGCUUUAUCAGAACCUUUCCUUUCAAACACAAAUUUGAGUUCAUUGAAAAUAUAUGUGCAUGUAGAAAACUUAUACAAACGGGCCAAUUUUCCUGUAAUUUUGCAUUUCUCUUGCAUAGAAAUGUAGAUCAUGUCAGCUAUUUUAAUAUUUUUUCAUUUUUAAAAAAGGAGAGGAAGUGCAGGUAAAAAUGUAUGCAUUGAAUCCUCUUAAUAAAUGCUUAGGUUUUUAGAUAUUGUCCUGUCAUCUAUUAUUUUUCUAACAGUGAUGAUCAACAAAAAUUUGGGGAGACUGCCUUUGGAGAAUCGUUAUUUUCAAACUUAAAUUUGUGUUCAUUGCAAAAAAUAUGCAUAGCUACUAAUCUCAAUUUCAUCAGAGUCCAAGGGUCAAGGAUCUCCACUUCACUAAGGGAAUACAGUAUUAACUCAUCUUUUGGUUUCUGAUCUAAUCUUGUUUAUAUUCCUCCCUCAAUCCAGCUUCCUCACUUUCUUAGACACAUCCGUUUUAAUAACAGUGCAGGUGAUGAAAUUUUUUUUGAUGACAAGGGAAACUUUGACCCCGGAUACGAUAUCCAGAACCUGGUAACAUUCCAUAAUAAUUCCUUCCAAAGAGUCCAAAUUGGAAGAAUGGACGCCAGAGCCCCUGAUGGGAAAAAGUUCAUCAUUAAUGAAGAUGCCAUUCAGUGGCAUCACAAAUUUGAGAAGGUACCUCCUCAUUCCAGAUGUGUUAAGAGCUGCCACCAGGGAUUCAUGAAAGUCGUUCAAGAAGGGGCACAAAUUUGUUGCUACACUUGCACCAAAUGCUCCGAAGGAAGAAUUUCUAUCCAAAUUGAUGCAGACCAAUGUGAGAGGUGCCCAGAAGAUCAGUAUGCAAAUGCAAGAAGAGAGCAGUGUCUUCCCAAAACUUUCAGUUAUUUAUCCUACAGUGAAUCCUUGGGAGUCACACUGACUUCCUUGACUCUUUUCUUUUCAGGAAUUCUCAUUUUAGUGGCAGUGACUUUCAUUCUGCACUGGGACACCCCCAUUGUCAAAGCCAACAACAGGAACAUCACAUGCAUCCUUCUUUCCUCUCUCCUCCUUUGUUUUCUCUGCUCACUGCUAUUUAUUGGCUGGCCAGGGGAGGUGACUUGCUUUCUCAGGCAAACAAUAUUUGGCACAGUUUUCUCCAUUUCUGUCUCCUGCAUCUUGGCCAAAACCAUCACGGUGGUUCUGGCCUUCAUGGCCUCUAAGCCAGGAAACCAAAUGAGGAAGUGGUUAGGAAGAAGACUGGCAGGAUCCAUCAUUGUCAUCUGCUCCUUCAUUCAAGUUGUUAUAUGUGUAGUGUGGUGGACCACAUUUCCUCCCUUCCCUGAGUUUGACAUGCAAUCCCAGAUGGAUAAGAUCAUUGUGCAAUGUAACGAAGGUGCUGAUUUCAUGUUUUAUAUCGUGCUGAGCUAUUUGGGACUUCUGGCCAGUGUCAGUUUCACCGUGGCUUUUUUUGCCAGGAAAUUGCCAGAUACCUUUAAUGAAGCCAAGCUGAUCACCUUCAGUAUGCUUGUGUUUUGCAGCGUUUGGGUGUCCUUCAUCCCAGCUUAUCUUAGCACCAAAGGGAAAUAUAUGGUGGCUGUGGAGAUCUUCUCCAUCUUGGCCUCUACUGCAGGUCUACUGGGUUGCAUCUUUCUCCCCAAGUGCUACAUUAUUCUCCUGAAGCCACAUCUAAACACAAAAGAACAUUUGUCCAAGAGAACGGUUUAAUUUCUAUAUGCACAUAGCAUCAGACAGCAUUUUCCUGAAUCAUCCGAAGGGGAAAUCUGAAGAAUUCAAUGUGGCAGCUACAACUAUGAAAUAAAAACUUUUAUGCCUUUACUGUGUGCUUCAUAUGUGUGGUACAUUUUAUAAAGUACAGGACUUUGA